CCCCUCUUUCUCUAACGAACACAUUCCCUCUUCCCCGUCUUCCCCUUCCCUCUCUCUAGCUUUCUAUCUCUAACAAUUUCUUCACCUGAUUCUCUCUCUCUCUCUCUCUCUCUCUCUGCAAGACCCAUUUUCAAUGAAGUUGUCGUCCACCUGCAUUCCGUCAGGCCGAAUGUUUUCUUUCCACAUUUGAAAGGCAGAAGCACCGAAUUUGAAAGGGACGCAAACCCCAUUUUCUCUAUGCUUCUCUGCAAAAACCCUAUUUUUCUCUCGGUCUCUGCGACAACUCCUCGCUCAAAGGUACUCCUUCCCUUCCCCCUACACAAAAUCUCCACUUGUUCAUCUCAAUGCAAUCUCACAAUUUGUUUCUUCUCUUCAAAAAGCACUCUGAUUUCUUUGAAGAUACUGUAGUCGUUUUCCCCAAAAUUGUUCAUUUUCUUCUCUGAUCUGAUCUGGGUUCAAGCUUCUUUAAUGGCGAUCAAUCGGGGUGUUCAAUUAUGGAUUUUUUGUGGUUUAAUUAUGGAAAGUUUGACCCUUUUAAUGGCUGAAACCUGCCCAAAAACCAAUCCUCUGGUGGGUUUCGAAUCAGAGUUCUCGAUGGUUCAACACCAGCUUAGAGGGGUGAUCAAAAUAUUGGACGAUUGCUCGUUUAGGGUUCAGAAUUUUGACAUGAUAGAGGGCUCUGAUGUUCAUUGGUGGGGAGCCCUAGGGCCCAAUUUCGAGAACUUGACCCAUGGCUAUGUGAUCUCAGAUGAUAGGCUCAAUCAAACCUACAAAAAUGAAACCCUAGUUUUUUCUCUCAAGAAUUAUACAUGGGAUCAAAUCAAGGUUAUUGCAGUUUGGGAUAAAUCAUUUGCCUCUGAUUUCGGUCAUGUUCUCCUGAACCCUAGAAAUGAAUCGAAUAUUGCGGUUCCCCCUCCUUUGAGUCCUUCAUUGGCUCCCUCUCCCUCUCCCUCUCCCUCUAGUGACAUUGAUCCAGGGUCCUUUAAUGAACGUGGACUUAUCAGAUCAAUCCACAUCAAACCCACCAUGUUCGAUAACUGUAUGAGCCUCUCGCCUGAAUUUCGACUGAGAUGGACCCUAAAUUCCGUAUCUGAUACAAUCGACAUAGGUUUAGAGGCAGCUGUUAGUUCACAACAUUACAUGGCUUUUGGGUGGGCAAAGCCUGGUUCCUUGGGUGAGCUCAUGCUUCAAGCCGAUGUUGCAGUUACAGGGUUCACAGAGGCGGGAUUGCCAUUCGCCGAUGAUUAUUACAUCACUAAAUAUAGUGAAUGUUUGAUAAGUAAAGAUGGAGAUGUUCAAGGGGUGUGUCCUGAUACAAUUUAUGAAGGGGAUGAUCGCGUUUUGGUUAAUAACACAAGGUUGGUUUAUGGCCAUAGGAUUGAUGGGGUUUCUUUUGUUCGAUAUCAGAGACCUCUUCAAACUAUCGAUAAGAAAUAUGAUGUGCACGUGUAUGCCACUGAUAACAUGACAGUAGUUUGGGCAAUGGGUUUGAUAAGGCCUCCUGAUGCUCUUCGUCCUUAUUAUUUGCCUCAAAAUCAUGGUGGCCUAAGUAGAGUGGCUUACGGCCAUACUAGCCUCAAUAUCUCGAAAGCCAUAGAUGAUUGUCUGGGCCCGUUAGAGGCUGAGGAUAAGGAAGAUCAAGAGCUUAUUGUAGCUGAUGGUAAAACUCCUCUUGCAGUGGUUACUGACAUAGCCAUGCACUAUCCUAACCCCCCAAAUCCUCCUAAGGUUCUCUUCAUAAACAAGAAAGAGGCUCCACUUUUGAGAGUUGAAAGAGGGGUACCAGUUACUUUCUUGGUACAGGCAGGGCAUGAUGUCCCCUUUUAUAUUACAUCUGAUCCAAUUGGGGGGAAUGCUUCUUCUAGGAAUAUGACUGAGACUAUCUAUGCAGGGGGACCACAAUCACAAGGUGUUCCUGCAAGCCCCACUGAGUUAGUUUGGGAACCUGAUAGGAAUACUCCUGAUCAAGUUUAUUACCAGUCAUUUUUUGGGCAAAAAAUGGGUUGGAAAGUGCAGGUGGUUGAUGGUGGUCUCUCCGAUAUGUAUAAUAACAAUGUUUUUCUAGAUGACCAACAAGUUACUUUGUUUUGGACUUUGUCAAAAAACACGAUAUCUUUUGCAGUUCGAGGAGAGAAGAAGAGUGGGUAUUUGGCAAUUGGUUUCGGCGGGGGGAUGGUGAAUAGCUUUGCUUAUGUUGGUUGGGUCAAUAGUGAUGGCAAAGCUCGGGUUAGCACGUAUUGGAUUGAUGGCCGAGACGCGAUGAGUGUGCAUCUAACAAAUGAGAAUUUGACGUAUGUGAGGUGUAGAUCAGAGAGCGGGAUCAUAACUUUUGAGUUUACACGAGCAUUGGCACCUAAAUGUAGCGGAAGGAUGGAAUGUAAUAAUAUCAUCGACCCAACUUCGCCCCUUCGAGUUGUGUGGGCAAUGGGUGCUCGUUGGUCGGUGGACCACUUAAGUGAAAGAAAUAUGCAUUCCAUCACAAGUAGUCGACCUGUUCGAAUUCUCUUGUUGAGGGGCUCGGCAGAGGCCGAACAAGAUUUAAGGCCUGUUUUAGCAGUUCAUGGAUUCAUGAUGUUUGUGGCAUGGGGCAUCUUGCUUCCUGGUGGUAUAUUGGCAGCUAGAUAUCUAAAGCACGUCAAAGGAGAUGGGUGGUUCCAAUUUCAUGUCAAGCUUCAAUAUUCAGGAUUGUCGAUCGCUUUCCUUGGUGUUCUUUUUGCAGCUGCUGAGCUCAGGGGAUUCUUUGUUAGCUCCCUACAUGUUAAGUUUGGUAUCACAGCUAUCCUUUUGGCUAUUGCACAACCUAUUAAUGCAUCUUUUAGGCCUAAGAAAUCUGCUAACAACGAGGAGUCUUCAUCGAAGCGGUUUUUAUGGGAAUAUCUUCAUAUUUUCACUGGGAGAGGUGCACUUCUUGCCGGAAUCGCAGCUAUUAUAAGUGGAAUGAAACAUUUGGGAGACAGGUAUGGGGGGGAACAUGUCAAAGGUCUUAAUUGGGCCAUAAUAAUUUGGUUUUUAGCUGGUGCAAUGAUUGUUAUAUACUUGGAAUACUGGGAAAUCAGGAGGAGACGGGAUAAAAGUUUUGGAAAAAGUAAUUGGGUGCUGGGAAACAGUGAGGAAGAUGAUUCUGUUGAUCUUUUGCAUUCAAAUAGAGUAGUUAAUGGGCGAGGUCCAGCGUCCUCUGAAAGAAUGGAAGUUCAGUUGGAACCAUUGAAUCGAUAGACAAAGUUUUGUUCUCAUGAGAAAGUACCUUCUUUUUGUCACGGAAUUUUUCCAUUCACGGGGAGCAUGAGAGGGGACCCAUUUGGGUUUGCUUGGACGAAUAUCAGUGUGACCCACGGAUUGAACUUUAUUGUGGUAUCUAUGGACAUUGGUAGCAAUUUAUUGCUUCAAAACAGGCUCGCAGCAAUUAAUAGCACCCCCAUGACAUGUAAUCAUGAAAGGCAAAUACAUUUGUGAUAGGGAAGUGGCUCGUUCAUUCCAAAGUAAUUCCAAAAUGAAGAGAUUAUAUUUUUUCUUCCUACUUUUGCACGUGUGGCCAUUUUACAAGGCCAUGUUUAAGGAACAGUGUCUUUUGUAAGUUUUCUGAUAUAAUGCAUGGUGAACUUUUCAAUAUAGUCAGAUUAACUGAGUUAAAUUCUGCUA